CUAUGUGUAAAACUCAUACUUCCUACUAGUUUAUGAAAAAACGAUUCCAAAAAAAAAGUAUAGUAUUUAAGCUAGAAUCAAGAAAGGGAAAACACCAUCAAAAUUCUCAGAAUCAAGAAAUGGGUUCAAACUCUCUUCUUCCUCUUUCAGAUUUUAUUCAACUCCCAGUUAUUGAUUUCUCGGAUCAAACCCUGACACCAGGAACCUCAAAGUGGGACAAAGUGAAGGCUGAUGUUCGCAAAGCUUUAGAAGACUAUGGCUGUUUUGAAGCUCUCUUUCCCAAAGUGUCUUAUGAGCUUGAUAAGUCUGUUUUCGAAGCCAUAGAAGAACUUUUCGGUUUACCGAUUCAGGCCAAAGAGAGAAAUGUGUCGCCAAAACCCUAUCAUGGAUAUCUAAGCCGAGAUCUUUACGAAAGUUUGGGGAUAGAUGAUGCUAAUCUUGCGGAGAGAGUCAACGACUUUACUCAACAGCUGUGGCCUGACCAUGGAAACAAGAGAAUAAGCGAGACGAUGCAUGGGGUUUCGGAUAAAUUAGCAGAACUGGAUGUGAUGGUGAGGAGAAUGAUACUGGAGAGUUUUGGGAUAGAGAAAUAUAUUGACGAACAUCUUGACUCUACCAAUUACCUUUUUCGCAUGAUGAAGUAUACACCACCUCCUCCUCAUGAUGGUGCGGAUACAAAAUUAGGUUUACCUUGUCAUACGGAUAAAAACAUCAUGACAAUACUUCAUCAGUAUCAAAUUGAGGGUUUGGAAAUUCAGACCAAAGACGAAAAAUGGUUCAAAGUGAAGCCAUCUCAGCAUUUUUCUUUCAUAGUAAUGGUUGGAGAUUCUAUGUGUGCUUUUUUGAAUGGCCGAUUGUCUUCUACAUAUCACCGAGUCCUGAUGACGGCAAAGAAGACAAGGUAUACGACUGCCCUGUUCUCGACUCCAAAAACAGGAGUUAUCAUUGAUUCAGCUGAAGAGCUUAUCGAUGAAGAACAUCCACGUGUGUUCAAACCCUUUGAAUUCAAUGAUUACCGUGACUUCUAUAACACGGAAGAUGGGUAUGCAGCUCAGUCUACUCUCCAUGCUUUCUGUGCUCUCUGAAGCAUAUCAUUUACUCUAUUCGCAGCAAGGAAUUAUAUAACGGCUUUGUGUUUGAUUGUUUAAAUCCAUCCAAUAAUGUUUUGUGUGUUUCGGUUUGAUGUAUUUUUCUUUUCGUGUGGCGACAAAUCUGCAUUUGUUAUUUGAUAUGUUUUUCACGUUGUUAA